CAUUGUUCUCUGUGGUCUACCAACGAUGAGGUGGCUAGUCCUCUUUGCUCUCUGCCUGGCGGUUGUGGCAGCCGCCCCUAGCUCGGACCGAGAUCGGGCUGAUGAUGCAGACAUCGGUAAUUUGAGACGAGACCUAGCUAAGAAACUUUAUCGCUAUCGGAGCGACAGUUCUGACCAACGCUACCUUCGCGCCAGGGAUUACGACAACCGAUAUGACAAUGACAAUUACAGAAACAAUCGAUUAGAAAAUAAUAAUUACGACAACAACAGACUUGAAAAUAAUGAUUACAGAAACAAUCGAUUAGAAGAUAACGAUUAUUACAAUAAUAGACUUGAAAAUAAUGAUUAUAGAAACAACCGAUUACAAAAUAACGAUUAUAUCAAUAAUAGACUUGACAAUAAUAAUUAUAGAAACAACCGAUUACAAAAUAACGAUUAUAUCAAUAAUAGACUUGAAAAUAAUAAUUAUAGAAACAACCGAUUACAAAGUAACGAUUAUAUCAAUAAUAGACUUGAAAAUAAUAAUUAUAGAAACAACCGAUUACAAAGUAACGAUUAUGACAACAAUAGAAUCGAAAGUAAUAAUUAUAGAAACAAUCGGAUAGCAAAUAACGAUUAUGACAACAAUAGAAUCGAAAGUAAUAAUUAUAGAAACAAUCGGAUAGCAAAUAACGAUUAUGACAACAAUAGAAUCGAAAGUAAUAAUUAUAGAAACAAUCGGAUAGCAAAUAACGAUUAUGACAACAAUAGAAUCGAAAGUAAUAAUUAUAGAAACAAUCGGGUACAAAGUAACAAUUAUGACAACAAUAGAAUCGAAAGUAACAAUUAUAGAAACAAUCGGGUACAAAGUAACAAUUAUGACAACAAUAGAAUCGAAAGUAACAAUUAUAGAAACAACCGAGUACACGGUAACAAUUAUGACAACAAUAGAUACGGUCUUGUCAGAUAUGACACCACUAAAUAUCAAAAUAACGAUUAUAUCAACAAUAGACUUGAUGACAGAUAUUACCCGUAUCGUCCUGGCAGAUACGACAGCACUAAGUAUCAAAAUAACAAUUAUAUCAACAAUAGACACGAUGACAGAUAUUACCCGUAUGGUCCUGGCAGAUACGACAGCACUAAAUAUCAAAAUAACAAUUAUAUCAAUAAUAGAGACGCUGACAGAUAUUACCCGUAUGGUCCUGGCAGAUAUUACAACACUGAAUAUGAAAAUAACAAUUAUGUCAACAAUAGAGGCGAUGACAGAUAUUACCCAUAUGGUCCUGGCAGAUACGACAGCACUAAAUAUCAAAAUAACGAUUAUAUCAAUAAUAGAGACGAUGACAGAUAUUACCCGUAUGGUCCUGGCAGAUAUUACAACACUGAAUAUGAAAAUAACAAUUAUGUCAACAAUAGACUGGAUUUUGACAGAUUACCCGAUGCUUUGGGUUCUAUCAGAGAUAACAAUAGAUACGGUAGAAGCAGAAGUGAUGGGUCAUCAAACGACCGUGCAUGCCGAAAGUGUGGAUACAAAGAAGACGAUAGACUCGAUAAUGAUGCCCUCGACAACCAAGACAAUGACAACAGCGCAUUAAGCAGAUACGAUUACGAUCGCGAAUACGAUCGACAAAAUAGGUAUAAAGCUUACACACGAAGCAGAUAUUACAAUGACAAGAGGACUCAACGCGAAUAUAAUAACAGAUACUACAAUAGCCAAAAUAACGACAGAGCAGUGAACGAUCGUAAUUUAAAUAAUGACAAAUAUGACAAGCCACAUAACUACUACCGAUAUGAUGACAGCAGGGAUAAUGAUAGAAGGGAUGACGACAGAAGGGAUGACAACAGGAGGGACGAUGACAGGGGCGAUAAUGACAGAAGAUAUGACGACCGACGAGAUAAUGACCGAAGAGGUGAUGUCAGAAGCGAUGACGACAGGAGGGAUGACGAUAGAAGGGAUGACGACAGGAGGGAUGAUGACAGGGGGGAUAAUGACAGAAGAUAUGAUGACCGAAGAGAUAAUGACCGAAGAGGUGAUGUCAGAAGGGAUGACGACAGAAGAGAUGACGACAAAGGAUACGACGACAAGACGUUUGAUGACAAAAGGGAUGACGACAGAAGGGAUGACGACAGGAGAGAUGACGACAGAAAGAAUAAAAGCGGGAAAUAUAAACCACUACGCUCUGCCCGGACACUAUGAUCAGAAUAAAUACAUGUAAACUGACUUUGGCAACGAUUGUGGAAACUAGAUGAUAAAUUAAUGUGUUAUUAAAUUAAUGUGUUAUUAAAGGGCAUAGCUG